AUGAUUGACAUAGCACUAAUCUCUGAAACAAGAUUUACACCGAAAACACACAUAAACUUUAAUAAUUAUACAGUAUACACAACCAAUCAUCCAAUUGGGAACAGCCAUGGCGGAACAGCAGCAAUUAUUAAAAAUAAUAUCAAACACUACCCCAUAGAGGAAUACCGAACAGAAAAAAUACAAGCAACAUCUAUUAAACUUGUAGACAGCAAACUAGAAACUAUAUUCUCCGCUGUGUAUUGUCCUCCAAAACAUACUAUAUCUGCCAACGACUUCGCGAAAUAUUUUUCUACACUGGGUAACAGAUUUAUAUGUGCUGAACUUCGAAUAGAUCUCACAUCUGACCACACACCAGUUAUACUGAAUGUUACUACAACAGUUAAUCUAGUAGCACCGCUCCUAAGGAUAUACAACUCGAAUACUACAGACUGGACAAUUUAUAAAAAUAAAAUCACAACAGAGACAGAACUAAAGACCAAAAUUAAUACAAUAGAAAAAAUUGAAAGACAACUGGAACAACUUAAUAUGACUAUUCACAUUGCUGCCAAUUCUGCAACUCCAAAAAGGACAGGUAAUGGACAACCUCUGAAACAUAACUCAUAUCCAAAAGAUAUUAAAGAGAAAAUACAAGAGCGCCGACGUUUGAGAAAAAUCUGGCAUACUACGGGAUAUCCAAGUGAUAAAACUGCAUUCAAUAGACACUCAAAUGAACUUAAAGCUCUUAUCAGCACCCUAGAAAAUGAUAAUAUUCAACACUAUCUCUCAAAUCUAGAUCCAACGAGAGACACAAACUACUCACUAUGGAAGGCUACGAAGAAUCUAAAGCGCCCGAAAAACCAUAUAACCUAUCAAUGA